AUGGCAAGUCACGUUGACGAAAGUCCAAGCUAUGGAAAUGCCCAGUCACAACCUGGGAAGACAAAAUCAGCGAUCAACAAAGUUCUUUCUACCCCCGAAAUUCUAGAGAUGAUACUGGUUCAGCUUGAUAUGCGCACUUUGCUCACAUCUGCCCAACUCGUCUGUUACAACUGGGCCAACCUAAUCAGCGAAUCGCCAUCAAUCCAAAAGGCGCUUUUCUUCACUCCGAUCGGGGCCAACGAGUGGGGAGAAGAAAAGAUCAUCAACCCAUUAUUGAGGGAGACUUUUCCUUCCUUCUUUCCCACCAAGGACAAGGCAGCUGACCACCCGUUCGACUAUUCCUCUUUGCCCAUGACCAAAGACUCGUCGACUAUGGGCCAAUUCGUACGAAAGGACGCAAGCUGGCGCAAGAUGCUAGUCCAACAGCCUCCUAUCUCAGAUAUCGGACUUUACCACAUCAUCAGUGCAAGGGGCGGCGAUUCUGCCGAAAGCUCUAGUAUCCCAGCAGAUCAAAAGAUGCAAGAAUUCGGAUACGAUGGUGUUCGAAUGGAAAGGCUUUUCGAGCUUUUGCUCUUCAGUCGUGAUGUUGAAUUUCGGCCAUACACCAACGCACGGAUGUAUUGGUCUACUAGAGAACCGAUCGAGUUUGACAGUGAGUAUCGAAAUAUCAAAGAUGAAUUUCAUCGGUUGAUAGGAAAGUUUGGCGUGGUUCUUUAUACAAGCAUGGUGAGGCAGUGCUCUAUGGGCGUCUAUCGUGGUAGCAAUUCCGAGGAAUUUAUCAGGAAGGAGGUUAUCACUGCAUAUGAAGAACAUGGUUUUGAUGUUAGUUGCAAAGAAAAGGAGAUCGAAGAAUCGAAGAGUGAAGUAAGUGAAAUAGAGGGGCAGGACCGGCGUUUCAAUACCUACGAAGUUGAUGAUAGACUUGCCCAUAUUAUUGUUACUGAGAUGUGGGACAACUGGCCAGCACCUGAGCAGAAAGAGAAUUGA